AUGGAGCUCGAUAACGGCCACCCGCCAACUGAGACGUCGCGGAAUGCCGACCACCUCUGUGUAUUCGUACAUGGACUCUGGGGCAACCCUUCCCACCUGGACUAUGUCACCUCAUCGCUGAGGGAACGAUACAGCGAAGACCGUCUCCAUAUUCUUUCGGCGAAGCGGAACGCCGGCAACUUUACCUACGAUGGCAUCGAGGUCGGUGGCGAGCGCGUGGCACACGAGGUUGAAGAAGCAUUGGAGGAGCUAGGAGCAGCAGGGCAUCAUAUCAAGAAGCUGAGCAUGGUGGGAUACUCGCUUGGAGGUCUUGUGGCUCGAUAUGCGCUGGGACUGUUGUAUUCCCGGGGAUGGCUCGAUAAGCUUGAGCCAGUGAACUUCACCACGUUUGCGUCGCCGCAUGUCGGCGUUCGGAACCCCCAGAAAGGAGCCUGGGGCUUUCUCUGGAACAACGUGGGGCCUCACACCAUAUCUAUAUCCGGCAAACAGCUGUUCAUGAUCGACACGUUUCGCGAUUCGGGCAAGCCGCUGCUCAGCGUGCUAGCCGACCCGGAUAGCAUCUUCAUAAAAGCCCUGAAGAAGUUCAAGCACCGUACUGUAUAUGCGAACGUUGUCAACGACCGGUCGACAAUAUACUAUACCACGGCAAUCUCGACGAUCAACCCAUUCCAUGAGCCGGACAAUGUCCGCAUCAAUUACGUGAAGGGCUAUGAUCCGGUCGUGAUCGACUCUGAUAGGCAUAUCCUACCGUCAGACAAGAAACAUAUAACAUCACUACCACUUGUUCCCCAAGCUCAGCAACAACUUAUGACAUACCUCACAGAAGCUUCCUUCCAACUUCUCUUCACCACCAUCCUAUUCGUCGGCUUUCCUAUCUUCCUCAUCAACUCCGCCAUCCAAACCGUCCGCAGCCAACGACGAAUCCGUCUUCAUGAAGAAGGACCCAUGAGAACCGUCUUCGGACGCUACCGAGUCCCGGUUGUCGUCCGAGGCGUGCAGCACGCAGUAGAAGAGGCUUUCGAGCACGCAGCUGCCGACCAAGAUCCAGAUUACCUGGACGAGAGCAAAGACGAAACGAAACAAGUGGCAUCCGCAAGGAGAGCCAGGUCAAGCGAAAGCAAGAGCAAUGCGCUCAUCCGCGAUGACAGCCCCGACAACGCCUCUGAACCGCUACUCGCCCGCGAAAGCCAAGAACCUCAAGAGUUUUCAACCCUCGCAUUGACACCGGAUCAAUUCGCCAUCAUCGAGUCACUGAACUCCGUGGGCUUCCGAAAGCACCCGGUCUACAUUCAUAAUCACCGACACAGCCACGCGGCGAUUAUCGUCCGUAUGCCCAAGCCGGGAUUCGACGAAGGCAAAAUAGUCAUCAAGCACUGGCUUGAUCAAGUUUUCGAGCUUUGACGAUUGCCCGGACGAUAUAGUUAGCUUACACGAACCUCAGCUGCUCAUGCAACACCACUUAAUAGACUUUCCCCACUCACAUCACCCCCCAUCGCCUCACUGUACUCCGUCCUACACUAUACAGAAGAAGAGACAUACAUAGACCCUAAACCAAAUACAGCUCCCUAAUAUCAAU